UGUGUUAUACAAUAAUAUGUGUCUAGGUGAACUCAGUGGUUCAAUACACUGAGUAAGCUAUGACUCCUUAUGACACAGACAUAAACAGGCAUUGAUUUGCAGUCAUUUUCAUUCAUCACUCCCUACAUACACAUCACCACAACGUGAUCACUAAAAGUCUUCACCACAACACCCUUACCAUGAAAUGCUUACCGUUGAUCAUACCUAUGAUAAUAUGCGCGUCUGUGGCGGUCAAUGGCUAUAACUAUAAUGUGACAUUCCUCUGCGCCACCACUUCUGUGCCAAACAUCGGGAAGUGUGGCAACACUUUCAUCCAAGAGCUCCACGACUCCCAGAAUCAGGUCCUCAAGAACUACGAGACUCGUGGCUAUUGCUGUGCUUUCAAUCGCCUGAAGGACUGUAUCGUUGGACACGUGCCCGACAAGUGCGGUGACAAUGAGAUGAGACAAUUGGUGGACCCUUUCGUUGAGACGGCCAAACAGAUAAUGACCCCAUCGGGUGAUUGUCGUGACUACCGGAGCUUUCCAGGCCUUUGGGCCUUGUGUCAGCCGGAUUGGCUGUUGAUUGUGGAGGCGAUUGGUUUGGCGAUCCUAUUCCUGGGGAUGGUCUCAGCGGUGGUCAGAGAUUUACAGGCAUUGCUUUCCAGUCAUUUCAGUCACCAUUUCCUACAUACAUAUCACCACAACGUGAUCACCAAAACAGUCUUCACCACCCGUACCCUUACCAUGAAGUGCUCACCACUGAUCAUCGCUAUGAUAAUAUGCGCGCCCAUUGCGGUCAAGAUGGUUAAACCGGUGCCCCCUAAAGUCCAGUGCACCACAGGACACGGGGUGGACAUCGGGAAGUGUGUCGACACUUUCAGCCAAGACCUCCGCCACUCCAAGAAUCAGGUGCUCAGGGAUUACGUGACUCGUGGCUAUUGCUGUGCUUUCAAUGACCUGAAGGACUACAUAUCCACGCCGUCCGGUGAUUGUGAUGACUACCAGGGUCUUCAGCGUACCGUAUUGUGUCAGCCUGAUUGGCUGUUGAUUGUGGGGGCGAUUGGUUUGGCGAUCAUAUCCCUGGCGAUUGUCUCAGCGGUGGUCAUAUUAUGUUGGGUACCAUGUGGUGCCAUAUUGAUCAUAAUCCUGAUGAUUGUGUUUCUGGUGAUCCUAUUGUGUUGA